AUGGAUCAACCGGUACCAAACGAAGCCCAUCUCCGCUCCAAGGAGUCCUUCACCAGUCACACCGUGGUCAACAUGAGUCAGCGCGCCCUCUCCGCAGACGAGACCAAAGUUCUGUCACGAGGCAUGAACUUUGCCCUAGUUCCCCAAUCGUCACCCACUGAAGACAUCAUCCAGCACACCGAACCGAUCCUCCGCCACCUUGACAAGUCCGCAUAUGAUGAGAUCCGCCUGCAGGUCCAUCAAGCCCUUCGGAAACACAAGCCAGCCAAACCCAACAUCUCAAAGCAGGAACAGGCAGCCAUCAAUUCAAUGCGUCAGGACAAGACCAUCCACAUCCUCCGUGCAGAUAAGGGCAACGCCACCGUCAUCAUGGACAAGACAGAGUACGACAGUCUCAACAAAUCUCUGGACCGGGCCACUGAUAAUUGCCGCUCUGAUAUGCGCCGCAUCGACUUUCGCACCCCCUACACUAAGUCCAACAUCUCCAAAGCGGAGCGGCAAGCCUUGCGUUCACUCAAGGAUGCCGACUUUGUUAUCAAAAGAAUUGAUAAAGCUGGUGCCACGGUGCUCUGGCAUAAAGAUCUCUGUCCAGACCUGUUGGAGUCGGAGCGUCAACUUUCCGACCAUCGUCUGCCGAAGGCUGCCCUCUACAGGACACCAAUAUCGUUCUCUGAAAAGAUGAUGCCCAACUUUACAGUGCCGGCACCGUUGCUGUACAAACGGUAUAUUGAUGAUAUCAUCGGUGCUACAAGGGAAGAUGUUCAGAAAUUCAUUGAUUAUGCUGAUAGCCUUCACCCAGCCUUACACCUCACCUCAGAAAUUUCCAAUGAAACCGUCACCUUCCUCGGCAUCAAGUUGUCCAUCAACGGCAACUCACUCACCACAUCCGUCCACAACAAAUCCACUGACUCGCACAGCUAG